AUGUUAGUUGGUUUUAUGAGGUAUGCAACUCCCCAACAACGAGAUCAUGGUUUAUUACAACGAAUGCGUUCUCGUGCAUUUAUAAUAGUUAAAACAGAAGUUAUAGAUCGUUUAAAUAAAAAAUUUGGAUCAAAAUUAUAUACAGAUAAAAAUGUUUUAAUAUCUGGUAUACAUACACAUUCAACACCUGAUGGAACAGGUGGCACUCUUCUAGUUGAUAUAUCGACAUUCGAUUUUGUUCGAGAAAAUUGGGAAGCAUGUGUUGAUGGUAUUGUUCAGUCAAUAAUACGCGCACAUAAAAAUCUUCAACUCGGAAGAAUUCAAAUAAAUGUUGGACAAGUUGAUAAUGCUAAUAUAAAUCGUUCUCCAAGCUUCUUAUUUGCAUAA